AUGGCAACUCUAAUACACGAGCCAAAACCGCCACCUUACAGCUACAGUCCGAGCUAUCCAUUUUCAAAUGGCAUUAUGGCAGAUAUGACACAACAGACCAACGAGUCAAACAAUUCAUAUCCAAGUGAAAAGCCGACAAAUGUGAUACAACAAAUAAGCGAACAAAAUCAGUAUGGUGAUGGUCGUUACUCGAACCGUCGUGCUCCUCGCCCAAAACAACCGAAAAGUCUAUUGGAGUGUCCCCACUGUUCACGUGAGUUAAAUUCGAUCGAAGCAUUAAAACAACAUCAACUAGCGAAAGGACAUUUGUUUGAUUGUCUAGAAUGUUCUGCUUCUUUUCAUACCGCAGACGGAUUAUUACAGCAUCAGGAAGCUAAAAACCAUGAUGAAAGCCAUUAUACAUGUGCAUUUUGUAAUGCGGUAUUUAAUAGUCCACAUGCAUUACAACAACAUCACAGUGCAAAACAUCACACUAAUAUACCGGACGAAGAAGAAGAAGAUGAUACUACACGUGCUAUUCUAGGUGGUGUGCGACUAAUUGCUAGUCUGUACAAAGCUUUAACGAAAAAAUAA